CAGAAACAGACGCGAAUGAAUGGUCUUGAUGACGUCGCCUACGGGAACCCGGACGCCACGCCCAUUGCACCUGGCAGGUGCGCGCAACACAAGAUGGAUUUCUUCAUCUGCGGGACUCCUGCGUCGCCACUGUGCGUUUGCGCUCCACUCACCUUCACCUGUCGCUCGGAUACCUUUCAGACGCGCCGGAAUAGCAGAGCCAUGAAGACCCCCAGAUGCAAAAUUCAGAACAGCGUCUUGGGUUGCUGCAUCUUGCUGCUCACUCCAAUCUUGUGCUUCCUCUUUGGCUGGGUGGAUUUUGGGCCCUUUCAGGCCCUGGGGAGGACCGGGGUGCGACCGGCCCAGUCGGACAGUCGGAACUUUCAGAACGGGAGCUUCUGGGCCAGGCGGAGCCCCGCCCCGUCCCGGACGCCGGCCCCCGUCCCAGAGUGCCCGCGGAACGGAAGCCUGGCGGACAUUCCGCGGGACCUUCCCGCCGCUCACCGCCUCUUCCUCCAGCACAAGCACUGCCGGGCGUUCCCCCGGCUCCUGGGCCCCCGCGCCUGCCCCCCCGACCUGUACCUCCUGCUGGCCAUCAAGUCCACCGCCGCCCAGCUCGACCGCCGCACCGCCCUGCGGAACACCUGGGCGCAAGCGGGCACCGUCGAGGGCAAGAGGGUGAGCCUGGUGUUCCUCCUGGGCCGGUCCCAGGACAGGGUGAGGGGCUACCCUCUGCAGAGGCUCCUGGAGCACGAGAGCAGGCGGUUCGGCGACAUCCUCCAGUGGGACUUCGCGGACAGCUUCUUCAACCUGACCCUGAAGGAGGUCCACUUCCUCCGCUGGUUCGGCCGGGAGUGCCGCUCGGCCCGGUUUGUGCUGAAGGGGGACGACGACGUCUUCGUCCACACGGGGAACCUGCUGUGGUUCCUCCGGGACAAGAGCCCGUCCGCCCCGCUGUUCGCCGGGGACAUCAUCCACAAGGCCCGGCCCAUUCGCCACCGCCAAACCAAAUACUUCAUCCCGGUGGAGAUGUUCCCCAAAAACGAGUACCCGCCCUACGCGGGAGGGGGUGGCUACCUGAUGUCCCGUCAGACGGUGAUCGGUCUAGACCUGGCAGCCCAGGACACCGACCUGUUCCCCAUCGACGACGUCUUCGUGGGCAUGUGUCUGGAGAAGAUGAAGGUGCAGCUCGUCUUCCACGACGGCUUCAGAACGUUUGGGUACCGCCAACAGAGCACGCCCUUUGACCCCUGCAUCUACAGAGACCUCAUGCUGGUGCACAAGCUGACCCCCACGGAGAUGUGGGUCAUGUGGUCUAUGGUCAACGAGCCAAACUUGAUCUGCGCCAGGAAAUCCCUAAAACUGCGAUGAAGAUGAAACUGGGCUGUAGACUUGGCCCAGCUGCAUGUACAGUGAAUGCUUUUCUUACAUUUUUAAACGGGCUUCAAAAUAAAUAUGAAAACUGCAAAUGUCAAAUGAAAUAUUGACGCCAAUGAAUUUUUCAAAAAACCUGUAUUUAAAUAAUGCAUUUAAACGGUGUGGUUUAAAUAUAAAAGUAAAGUUAUGAGUGUCACACGCUGAGCUGAGGAUGAUCUGAAAGGGCAAAAUAUGCUAAACGGAUCGAGCAAAAGCCAUCGCCUGCCAACAUGCUGGUAUGCGAUUUUUGUGUGAUAAAAAUAAUUGCUGGUAAAAGUUCA